UCAUAAAUUUUUAAACAAAAUUCUAUAAUGGCUAAAGAAUCCAAUCUUUUUAGCUUAUUUUUUGUGCUUCUAAUAGUUUUGGCUGGAAUAUCCACAGCAGAAGCACGACCAUUAAACAUGUUGGAAUUGGACAAAGGUUUGUUUGAUGGGUUGUGUCUUGGUGCAAUCAAACAAUCGGGUCCGAGCCCUGGGGUUGGAAACAAGUUCACGGAUUCUCGUAGUUUUGGUGCCAUUAAGCAUGAUGGUCCUAGCCCUGGCCAAGGACAUUAAUUUGUCUAUUUUUUAGUUGUUUCACUUUCAAUUCAAUUACUUCUCCGAGCGAGACAUUUUUUGUUCUUUUGCUGUUUUAUUAAGUUUUUUUAGGCCGUGCUUAGCUGCAAAUUUUAGAAUUUUGUGAUACCUUCGUAAUAGUUAAAUCAGAUCAU